AUGUCGAGUCCGUACCGAAGAGCAGCCGAUCCGAUGAUUUCACGGCCACCUUCCUAUACGCCAGAGAUUCCUGUAGUCAAAACGUCCAGGUCAGAAUCUUCCAAGAGCACCGGUCGGCCUCGAGGAUCGUUCUCUACUGGUGUCUUUCGGGAUGGACCAAAGCCUACGUUGGAUCCAUCGCAUACGCUCUCACGCGAUCGAACUGAGGUCACCUUCGAUGAUUCUCCGCUACGGCUGUGCGAAAGCUGCGAGGUUGAAAAGUCUCCAGUAUGGGACUGUUCAUACUGCGACAUGAACUUCUGCGACGACUGCUGGGGGAAACAGGGCCCACACAAAGCGGGACGCACUGGGCCUGAUGGCCUUCCGCAUGAGAAGGCGAAUCCAACUGUUGUCAAGAGGCUACGAGACAUUUUGACUCCUCCUCGAGAGCACAGAGAACAGCAGAUACUACACAUCGAAGAUGAGGAUACAACGUGGUUUGGAAUGGUCCGCAAUAGUCAAAAUUCGCCUGCCUUCCAAGACUAUGGUCGUUACUCUGCCAUCAUGGCGGAUAGUAACUCUGGCGAGUUUAAGUACCGUUUCCCGCAACUUGUAUCUUUCAUCGGUCAGACCGGAGCAGGCAAGAGUACGCUUAUCAAGAUGCUCAUCGAUCAGCAAGAACGCAUGAGCCAGCCACGGAACUGGAGUCUCCCAUCGCCUGUCGCAGGAACAUCAGCAAACAGCAACGUACCCACUUCUGGUGACGUACACUUGUACAGUGAUCCAAGCACAUACAACACCGAAUACCCGCUGCUCUACGCCGACUGUGAAGGCCUAGAGGGUGGAGAAAAUACACCUAUGGCUGCACAAUAUCGAAGUGGCGCGACCGCACCACAGAAAGAGAAAGGGAGGGAGGAUAUCGCAUUAGGUGAGCACCGAAAACGCCGCAAAGUCACCAAAAGCCUGCACAGCACCCAGAGAGACAUCAAGUGGGCGAACUCUCCCGAUAAGUCAAAACGACAAUAUGCUGUUACGGAACUAUACCCUCGCCUUCUGUACACCUUCUCCGAUGUCAUUGUGUUCGUUCUGCGCAACGCAAAAACGUUCGAAUCUACAGUGCUGGGAUUGCUUAUCAAAUGGGCGGACUCUUCCUUUGAGAAGUCGGUGAACCAACCUACACUCCCGCACGCUGUCAUUGCACUCAACGCAACAGACACCAAAGUAGACCAGAAGGAGUGGAACCCUGAGUAUGCGACAGAACUUCUCAUGUCCAACGUCGCCGGAGCUAUCAGUCGCGAUCCAGCAUAUCGUGAACGACGAGACUAUUGGGUUGGGAGGGGCAGACGUAUUCACACCAUGAAGGAUCUCCUUGAGUGUUACUACUCCUCGAUCACGGUUGUACGAAUACCUGGCGAAGGUAGAUAUAUGAUGAUCGAUGAACAGGUGAAGAAAUUACAUCAAGUGGUCACGCAUCGAUGCUUGGAGUCGUUUAACGCCAAACGUAGAUCGCGCAUGCUCUCUAAUUCUGACAACCUCAAUGUCUAUCUACAAUGCGCAUUCGACCAUUUCUCGCAGGACCUUCAUACACCAUUCGACUUCAUGGACAUUUCCUUCAAGAUCAACCCAAUACCUCAAGACUUUGGAGGUCAUGUCCUGAAGUUGGCCGUUGCAAUGAAGUCUCAAUUCGACGACCCCAGGAAGAUCUUCAAGGAACUGAGCCACAUGGUGGCCUCUUGUAUACUUUUGGACUGCGUUCGACAGGAUCUCAAAGGAUCAGCAGAGCAGAUCUUGGAAACACAAUACAUGACGCACUGUGAUGGCGCUCUUGACGACUUUUGCGCUAUCUUCUGGCCGUGUUCCUUCAUCAACAGAAGAGGUGAACGAUGUGUAAACGUAAAGGAGCGACAUGUGAAAGGACACCAAAACCAAAGAGGCAGCGUCAUUGGAUCUGGCCCCUAUGAGUCAGACUUCACAUUUGACAAGUUCUAUGAAGACUGGUUCGAAUACCUUAAGCAUUAUUUGAUCGAUAACAAAUCAAAGCUUGAUUUGCAAAUGACGAAGUCUCCAACAGCUGAGGAGGAGGAUACGGUCAACAAACUCCAUUUGGCCAACGUUACCGGCUUCUAUCACCACAUGGGUGGUGCACAGAACUUUGUCAGUCACACUACCUGUUUCUGUUGCUUAAGGGAACUGGCAGAGCAUCCCUUGCCUUGUGGACAUGUGCUUUGUACAGCGUGUGUCAAAGGUUAUGGCAGCCCACAUCGGGAACUCUCAGGAUCUUUCACCGUCGCCACAUGUCCGCUGCACGAUCACCAAGCCGUAUUUCCUACACCAGUAGAGAUCUACUUCAAGCCUCCACUGGCAGGCUUACGGAUUCUGUCUCUUGACGGAGGUGGUAUAAGGGGAAUAGUUAUUCUGGAAGUCCUUCGUCAAAUACAACAGGAGCUAGGUGGUCGUAUCAAAGUCCAAGAGUUCUUUGACCUCAUCGUUGGCACCAGCACUGGGGGUAUCUUGGCGCUCGGUCUUGGUGUCAAAAACUGGUCUGUAGACCACUGCAGUCAACUCUUCCUCAGGAUGGUGGAGAAGGCGUUUACACCCAAGUUCUUUGGAGGGGUAAGCCUAGGAACUAACAAAUACCAUACCAAACCUCUCGAAGAAGCAUUCAACGAGUGUUUCAAGGAUGAGACCAUGUUUGGUGGAGUACGUGACACUCCAGUUGCUAGCGCGUGCAAAGUCGCGGUAACCUCUGCAACUGAGACUGCAGAACAAGCAGUCAUAUUUACAAACUACAAUCGCGCAGAGGACGAGCAAAUUGGCUACCAGUUGGUUCGACCUGACGACCCAAAGAACGACGUCUUGAUUAAAGAAGCUGCACGCGCAACCUCUGCCGCUCCGACAUACUUCAAGCCGUUCAGAAACGCGCGUACAAUGGAGGGUUACGUGGACGGUGCUGUCUUUCACAACAACCCAGUUCGCAUCGCCAAUUACGAAAGCAAGCUUCUUUGGCCUGAUGCCGACCAGCGACCUCCGGAUCUUCUUCUGUCCAUAGGAACUGGCCAACACGGCGCAGAUACCGACAAUUUUCUGAAUGCCUCGCGUUACGAUAGCAGGCGUUUCCAGAUUCGAAAGAUAUUCAGCCAGGUCAAGGAUACGCCACGCUUGAGACGAUCUAUGCCUGUACUAAGAGCAUUUCCCGAAAUCGAAUCGUGGCUUACUAUAUUCAAACAACGGGUUGAGAGUGCUUUGGAUGCGGAAGCCACAUGGAGAGAGUUCCGUAAAGACGUCGUCGGAACGGCCCCGUACGCUGCAGCCGAGCGAUACAUUCGUUUCAAUCCAAGAACCAUGAGUCGGAUACCCAAGAUGGACGACAAGUCGCAGAUCGACAAUCUACUGGAAGAGAUCAAGACCAGUCUUCGCAAACAUGGCGCGCAGACAAAGAUCAAGAACAUUGCGCAACGACUCGUAGCUAGUUCAUUCUACUUUGAGAGAUCUUGCCCCUCCAGGCCCACCGACGAUCAUAUCAUUGUGCAGGGCAACAUCCAAUGCAGAUUUGCUGCAGGCUCCCACAAUCUUCGGGACUUGGGUGACUACAUACGCAAGCACCAAUCGCCUUAUUUCCAGCCGUUCUUUCGUAUACAAGAAGCCAUGCGCGUCGAAGGAGCUCAAUCUAUACCAGUCACAAGGCAUACCAUCCGCGACAUGACAGAGAGAGGUUUGUUUAGACUGGACUCGAUCGUCAUACCAGUUGCGUCAGAGAGUGCAGUCGUGUCGAUUGAUCUGCAUCUGACUGACGACCGAACUAUGCGACACGGGCAGUCUGGUUUUCCGAUCAGCGGCUUUCCCAGGCUUCUCGCAGAUGGCGAACCCCUCAAGCGAACCACCUCCCAUGGAGCUUCGCCGAAGCCUGAACGUCCUAAAAUUUUCAACAAGAGACAGUCUCUUCGGGAAAAACGGCACGCGCGUCUCAGUGUCAUGAUGGAUCGACCAGCAAGCGACAGCAACAUCUCUUAUGCAAGCCGCAAUGAACACGCUGAAUAUCCUGAGAUGCCAGGUGACGUACCCGACUGGAUUCACCGUCGUAGCGAAGCAAGUCGCGGCCCACCUAGGCCCAUGCAAGACUUCCUGCAUCAGGAUCAGCAUCGGAACCUUCCGCCAACUUAUGUCGACGACGUAAACCUAUAUGAGCUCGAUGCCGAACCACUUCUCACACCAGGUGCCAGCGACAAUGCUAUACCGCGAACAAUCUCACCGGGCGAAUGGAGAGAGGACUAUGGUGAGCAGGUCACGCAGAGCGACGACGACGAAGACCUUGCAAAAGCGAUAGAGCUCAGUCAGCAAGAAGCAUUCUCAGGACCAAGGAGGACUAGUACAGGAGGGUUUGAUGAAGAUCAGAUUGCUGAAGCACUGAACAGGUCUUUGCAUGUUUCGGGGAGGCAGUAA